UGACUCGUAUGAACAAAUUCGGAUUCUUAAUGACAGCAUAGCUGGUAAUGAUGCAACAGCAGUUGCAUGACUACUUAUUCCCAAUUGACUUCCCCGUCUCUGAGUUUAAUGUUUCAAUGACUUAUCAGCUAAACUAUUACUAGUUAUGCAUCCGUUAACAUGACAAGCUUGGAUGGAAGAACAGUAUUUAUUACUGGUGCCUCUACCGGUGUUGGAAAGGCUAUUGCUUAUGAAAUUGCCAAGGUCGGCAAGGCUAACUUAAUUUUGGCCGCUCGUCGCAUUGCUCUAAUUGAAGAACUGAAGACUGAAUUGGAGUCAAAAUACGAAGGCGUUAAGGUUCUUCCUUUGAAACUCGAUGUAUCAAAAGUCGAAGAGAUAGAGUCCACAAUUGCUUCUCUUCCUGAAGAGUUUGCCAAUAUUGAUGUCUUGAUCAACAACGCUGGUCUUGCUUUGGGUGUUGAUUAUGUUCGCAAUUUGGACAUGCAAGAUACCAUGAAAGUUAUCAACACUAAUGUUAUCGGUCUCAUUGCCAUGACUAAAGCCAUUAUUCGCAUUUUCUACAAGAACGAUGGCCACGGAGACAUUGUUAACAUUAGCAGUAUUGCUGGCCAAGAUUCCUAUCCUGGCGGUUCUAUCUACUGUUGCAGCAAGGCUGCUGUUAGCAUGUUCACCUCCACCUUGCGACAGGAGACCAUUGAUACUCGCAUUCGUGUAAUGGAAAUUGAUCCAGGAAUGAUUGACACCGACUUCCUUACAGUUCGUGCGCAUGGUGACAAGGCUGCUGCCGACAGGGUGUCACGAGGACUCGAGCCUUUAACUGGACAAGAUAUUGGCGAGCUCAUUGUCUUCGGCAUUACUCGCAGAGAGAACUUUGUUCUAAGUCAGGCAACCGCUCUUCCCUCCUUCCAGGCCGAUUGCACGUAUAUGUAUCGAAAGGAAAAUUAAUUUCAAGUUAUAGGAAGAGUUAUGUAUGCGGGAGGACAUACUAUUAAAACUGAAAUUGUUGCUAGAAUUGAUUAGCAUGUUGCCUUUUUUAUGAACUUGACAAAUUUUGGACUCAUCCAUGAAAGAAACUUUUCAAUGGCCCGAAUGGGAUGCUGUGAUACAGUAUGAGUAUUGUUAUUGGACAUCGUCGAUCUAGUUAACAGACUCUAUACAUGUAGCAGUUUCAUGUUUGUGUAGAUAUUCGACUUUUAGCGCUAAUCAUUAUAACCAUAAUAACUUCAUUACUUGUACUUGUGUAAAAAGUUUUUAUAGACAAUGACACAUUUUGCCUC